AUGGACACCGAACUAAACUCACCGCCGCAUGAUGGUGGUGAUACCUCCGCCGCUUUUCGUAAACCUUCCAACGACGGACCUAGCAGAAAGUAUCGCCGCCGAGCUUCAGCUGACGUUGGGUCAUCUUCCUCUGACGGAAGUCCUGAACGUAAACAGAGCCCUAAUCAAAAGCAUCCUAGGGGAGAUUUUAGGAAAGUUUCUGAACCAGUUGAUGCAAGGAAAGACGAUAGGCGGGAUUCUGAUCGCAGUCGCUACGGUAGAGGCGGUGGUGAUUCACAUAGACAUGAUAAUAGGUACUCUAGAGAUGAUAAGUACGGAUCUAAGCGUGAUGAGCAGAGCAGAAAUGAGAGGGAAGCGCCUCGCUCUAGCCGCGAUUCAAGGGGUGGCCAUCAUUCUGAACGGAGAAAAGUAGAGGCUGAACAUAGCAGGUCAAGAAAUGAUUUAGACAGACAUUCCCGUGACAGGAGGCAUGGAGACUCGAGAACGGAGGAUAAAGAAAAGGAUUAUGUGCGGGGCAGAGAUUAUCAAGACGAGAAAAGAGGUUCCCGCUGGGGUCUUGGUGAGCGACAUUCCCGUGAUGAAGGAAAGGAACGUGAGGACCCUGAGAAUCGAGAUACUCAUGCUAAGAAACUGAAGGGGUUCGUUUCAGGGAAGUUUACCCAUGCAGAAGAGAAACAGACAUCGAGCUUAAAGCCAGCCCUCGGUGCUGGGAAUCAGGGUUUGACACUGCAACCCCAUUCAAAAGAAGCCGGAGUUUCUGGUGAUGUCGAUGCAGCAAAAGUUGCAGCUAUCCAGGCUGCCGAAUUAGUGAACAAAAACCUUGUUGGAACGGGUUACCUGACCACAGACCAAAAGAAGAAGUUGUUGUGGGGAAAGAAGAAAAGCACGGCUACAGAAGAGCCUGCUCAUCGUUGGGAUAGUGCACUAAUUGGUGACCGUGAACGACAAGAAAAGUUCAACAAGCUUAUGGGUGUGAAAGGGAGCGUCGUGAACCAAGAGCAGAACCCGAACGAAGUCUUAGUGGAGAAGCAGAACGAGUUGCAGAAGGAUCUAGAGAAGCAGUACACAGCGGGAUUAAGAAGGAGAGAUGGACGCACGGUGGGGUUAGGUCUUUGA